GGCUGGUUGAGGAGGACUGCCGUAAAGCGGUGUGUUUUGGAGCACGGAGGAGGUCAUUGGAAAGUGAGGAGCUCACCAGGAGUGGACGGCUGUCGGUAGUAGCGUGUGGCAAAUGCCGCUGAGAGUGUGACACGUAAUUCAGUAGACCCGUGUAGUGUUUUAACGGCUGCGAGAUGCUUCGUGUGGUUUUGCGGCUCAGGUCGUCCUCCGGCCUCUCCUGUCCGCGCGCCCUCCCUGGCGGGCCCGGCUCCUCCGCGCUGGGGUCGCGCUCCCUGCGGCGGCUUCAUCACGGAGCGGCGUCCCGGGCCGUGUGCUCUGGAGCUGGCUUCGCUCAUAGAGUGACCUUCCUGCGGUGUCCCCAGCGUUCCCAGGGCCGUCACAGCGCGCGCUUCUACUGCCUGCCUCCCCACCAGAAGGUGCAGCUUCCUGCGCUGUCACCCACCAUGCAGACAGGAACAAUUGCUCGCUGGGAGAAGAAAGAGGGAGAGAAAAUCAGCGAGGGAGACCUGAUAGCUGAGGUGGAGACUGACAAGGCCACUGUAGGUUUUGAGAUGUUGGAAGAGUGCUACUUGGCUAAGAUUCUUGUUCCUGAGGGAACCAGAGAUGUCGGUGUCGGAUCAGUAAUCUGCAUCACUGUUGACAAUCCUGAACUCAUCCCAGCAUUUAAGGACGUAACAUUGGAUUCAGUUAAAGCUGAUACUACUCCAUCAUCAACUGCUUCUGCACCUCCUCCUCCCCCUCCCCCUGCUGCUGCUCCUCCUCCUCCUCCCCCUGCAGCAUUGGGUAGCUCCUAUCCAACACAUCUGAAGAUCACACUUCCGGCCUUGUCUCCUACCAUGACCAUGGGCACAGUGCAACGCUGGGAGAAAAAAGUUGGAGAGAAGUUGAGUGAAGGAGAUUUGCUGGCUGAGAUUGAGACUGACAAGGCAACAAUUGGCUUUGAAGUGCAGGAAGAAGGAUACUUGGCAAAGAUCCUGGUGCCAGAGGGUACACGGGACGUUCCACUGGGGACACCACUCUGCAUUAUUGUGGAGAAGGAAAGUGACAUCAGUGCCUUUAAGGAUUAUGUGGAGACAGGAGUGGCAGAGGUGACCAUGCCCCCACCAGCACCGACUGCAGCACCAGCUCCAACAGUACCCAGUCCUACUCCUGCUCCGGCAUCUGCUGCCCCAGCAACGCCCAGGCAGGGGCGCGUGUUUGCCAGCCCGCUUGCCAAAAAGCUUGCUGCUGAGAAAGGAAUUGACCUGACACAGGUCAGCGGCUCUGGUCCUGAUGGGCGUGUCACCAGGAAAGAUAUUGAGAGCUUUGUUCCUAAAGCAGCACCUGCUGUACCUGCUGCUGCUGCAGUCUCUGCUCCAGCUGCUCGCGCAGCUCCUGCUGCACCAGCUGGGACAUUCACUGACAUCCCAAUUAACAACAUUCGCAAGGUCAUUGCUCAGAGAUUGAUGCAGUCAAAGCAAACCAUCCCACACUAUUAUCUCUCUGUAGAUGUCAACAUGGACCAAGUGCUAGAGCUUCGCAAAGAACUUAAUGCUGAGGUGAAAGCCCAGAAUAUAAAGCUGAGUGUGAAUGACUUCAUCAUCAAAGCCAGCGCUUUGGCCUGUCUCAAGGUUCCUGAGUGCAACUCCUCCUGGAUGGAUACUGUAAUCCGUCAAAAUCACGUGGUGGAUGUGAACGUAGCAGUGAGCACGCCCAGUGGUCUCAUCACACCCAUAGUGUUUAAUGCUCACACAAAAGGACUGGCUGCCAUUUGCUCUGAUGUGUCAGUGCUCGCCGCCAAAGCGAGAGAAGGCAAAUUGCAGCCACAUGAGUUUCAGGGAGGUACAUUCACGAUCUCUAAUCUAGGAAUGUUUGGAAUCAAGAACUUUUCAGCGAUAAUCAACCCUCCUCAGGCCUGUAUCCUCGCUGUCGGCGCUUCAGAGAAACGGCUGCUACCUGCUGAUAAUGAAAAGGGGUUUGACGUAGCCAGUAUGAUGUCGGUGACGCUCAGCUGUGACCACCGGGUAGUGGACGGGGCGGUCGGCGCGCAGUGGCUCGCAGAGUUCCGCAAGUUCCUGGAGAAACCUGUCACGAUGCUCUUGUGAUUGGACAAUAGUGCUUCAUACUGCAGGCCACAGCCUGAGGCCUCUCACUGAAGUGAUCCAAUUGGUGGAAACUGGUCCCGAUCCUCCUGUGAUUGGCGGGUCUCACUGAAGGGGAAGAGGGAGAACUCACUCCGCUUGACCUUUCUGUCUCAUGGUUUCUCUUUACUGUCCUUCUCUCCUCUUGGUUUUAUUUUAUUUAUUGGUGCCUCGGCUCACAAGACCAGAAUUAGGUCAGAUUUGUCCUAGAAUAGAGUGGCCAAAUUUCACUAAAACAUUUUAUACAAAUGGAAGUGUAACAUUAUGUUCUCAAACUAGCAGCUUUAUCCAGAAACGUGCAGGUCUGUUCACGUUUUACCUGUAAUUUUUGUUUGAAUUACAUAAACUUGACAGGAAUCUCUUUGUAGCUUCCAGUCAUUUAGGUGAAGAGUUUUGGGUUUUUGUAUUGUGGCUGAAAGAACAUCUGCAGACAGAAAGACGAAUCUCAGCUUUGAAGUAUUGAAAAGAAUAACCCUGGGUACCUCCAGGUGUUAUUUGUUUUUCUUCAAUACUUAAGUGUGUGAGUUGAACAUAGUACUGUACAGAUGAAGGUGAGCUGGCAGCUUCACCUUUGAUAAUAUAAAGUGGUCCAGAACAAAAUUGAAGCUGUUACAGAAGAUGCUGAACAGUCUCACCAAUUCUCUCUCUUCAUCAGAUGUUUCUCUUCUGGACUGAGUUAUCACAUAUAAAAUAUUCUGUCUCUCAUCUCUCAAAUGCACAACCCUGGUGCUGGAUUUGACUUAAUUGAAUAAAGUGGGAAAAGUUAACUUUGUGCCAAAGAC